AUGACGUUAAGAACUGUUGCCACUGGUAUUGCCAUGGCACUGGUGAUUUUUUUGCUAGUUCGACCAGUAGUCUUAUGGAGGCUGCAAAUUCAAGCCGAGGAGGAAUUGAAGCCGGGGUUUAUUUAUCUCAUAUUUGUAGGCGUCCUGGUGACUGGCUUUUGCUGUCAGGCCAGUGGUCUGCACAUCUUUUAUGUACCACUUCUUUACGGAAUGGCAAUACUCGCCGGGCCGCCUUUUGGGAUCAGCGCUGGUAGAGAAGCCCUCAUAUGGAUGUUUAUGCCGCUUUUCUUCCUCAAAAAUGGUUUGGUGAUCGACAUUUUCGGUCAAGAUGAAAAAUUAUAUGUACGUCGCAGGGAUGCUAUCUCACUUGGCCUUGUCAUGAACAUUCAAGAGGCUCUCGAGCUUGGCAUGUUUAAAAUGAUGAAGCAAGCAAAGGCAAUAGAUAAUGAAGCUGUUGUGGUCUUGCGCACGUCCAUGCUGAUUGUGACAGUGGCUAUUACACCCAUGGUAAGAUACCUACAUGAUCCUUCACGGAGAUUUACGGCCAACGGUACGAUUGAGUCAAAUCGAAAGGAAGUCAGGAUUGUCAAUAGCAUGAUUCUCAAUAGGGCACCAUGCUCCAUUGCAAUUAUUGUUGACUGGGGGCUUCUCAACAGUUCAAGGUCUGUAUUGGCAACCUGGAUUUCAUAUCGUGUUGCUGUUCUCUUCUUGGGAGGAGCUGAUGACAGGGAAGCACUAGUUUUAGGGGCACGGAUGGCUGGGCAACCUUAUGUCAACCUAACAAUUACUCGGCUUCUUCAGAAUGGGAAUGUUAUUGGUGAAGAUGCAAGUGAAAGAACUUAG